AUGGACCAUCAACCUAACCCUCUUCUAAAUUGGGCUUACUUCUGCCAAGGAAAGUCAAUGGAGGAACUAAGACAAUCACUUCUAUACACAACUCUAGAGCUAGAACAAACAAGAACUCUAGCACAAGAAGAACUCACAAAAAAAGAUGAACAACUAAUCAACCUCAAAGAUCUAAUCAACAACAUCAUUCAAGAAAGAGAUGAAGCUCAAGAGAAAUGUCAAAGACUUCUCUUAGAGAAUCUUCUUUUCCAUCAACAAAAUGCUCCACUUUCUGGAGUUUCCAGCAUUGAAGAUGAACCAAUCACAACAAAAAGAUCAAUUGACUCAAACAACAAUGGUUGUUUCUCUUUAUCUUCAUCAGAUUGUGAAGAAAGCAUCGUUUCUUCGCCGGUUAUCGUCGACCAAUCCGUGAUUGAUAUGCUAACACCAACCAAACCAUUGCCUGAAAAAGGUAAACUUUUGCAGGCAGUGAUGAAGGCUGGCCCUUUGCUACAAACUCUUCUUCUUGCUGGACCACUUCCUCAAUGGAAACACCCUCCUCCACCUCUUGAGUCCUUUGAGAUUCCACCUGUUGCCAUACCUCAGAUCCUCCAUCAAGAUUCAAUUUUUAGUCCCAAUAUUGAUACUACUAAUGCUAAUUCUCAGUGUGGAAGAGUAAAUAGGAAAAGGGUGUUUUUUGAUGACUCUGAUUCUCCUAAUCAGAAUAAGUACCAAAGGGUUGUACUUCACUGA